AUGGCGACCCAAUCCACCCCUCUCACCGCCUGGAAGCGUCUCAUCCGCUAUGUGUCCACCGACGGCACCACACGCUACGGCGAACCCAUCGCAUCCGGCACGAACCCCGACAUCGACGCCUUGGCUCUGUCCGGCGAGUUGAAAGUGCAAGUCCUUGAGGGACCGACACUAUGGGAAGCGAAACCGACGGGCAAAGAGGAUGCGGUCAAGACGUUAUUGGGUCCGUUGAGGCCGGAGGACGUACCGAUCGUGCGGUGCGUGGGAUUGAACUACAAGACGCAUAUCCUCGAAACCGGCUUCGACCUUCCCGCGAAUCCCACCCUGUUCAUCAAGUCCUCUCAAACCGUCACCUCGACCCGUAAACCCAUCCCAAUCCCUCCUCUCGGCCAACCCCAAUGCGACUACGAAGGCGAAUUGACCAUCGUCAUCGGGCGGGAUGGCCGCAACAUCUCCGAAGCCGACGCAUUGUCCUACGUAGCGGGCUACGUUUCUUCCAACGACGUUUCGUGCCGCGACUGGCAGAUGGAAAAGGAUAAAGCGGGAAUGAUGCCGCAGUGGUGUUUCUCCAAGUCGUUUGACGAGUACGCUCCUCUUGGGCCAGCGAUCGUGUCGCCUGAAGUACUGGGUGAUGCGGGUGGGCUUCAGUUGAUCACACGGGUGAACGGCGAGGAGAGGCAGAAGAGCAGCACGGGAGACUUGUGUUUUGGAGUGAGGAAGUUGGUCAGCUUUCUGAGCACGGGACAGACGUUGAAGAGAGGGAGUCUGAUUAUGACUGGCACGCCUGGCGGUGUGGGGUGGGGACAGAAGCCGAACAGCAUAUAUUUGAAGGAUGGAGAUGAGGUGGAGGUGGAGAUUGAGGGGAUCGGAAAGGUGGUGAACACGAUGGCUUUUGAGAAGGCGUGA